AAGCUAAGCUACGUCACCGUGUACCAAUCGUUUGUUAACUUUUGAAAAUAGACCAACCUUUGGAAAUCCGGUUCUCUCUCCGUAUCGAUUGCCUUCCUCUCUUUCUUUCUUUCUUCGUUCUUCCUCUCUCUCUCUCUCUCUCUCUCCCUUUUAUCCCGUGCCUGUUUCCAAUUUCAAGCAUCAGCUCGUAGAUACGAUUGCUCGCCGCGUUAGGUUGCAAAGCAGUUUACGAGCUCGAGACAAAAAAUUCGAGAGGAGGAAAGAAAGAGCCUCUUCUCGAACGAGAAGGUUCGUCGGAUCGAUUUUGCACCCUGAUCAGCGAAACUUGUAACUUUCGCGUCAUUCCCGAAAGAUCCCACUGUUCGAUCAACCAAUUCAUAGGAAGGUAGACGGUAGAAAGGUUCGAAUAAACGGUGAAUGGUAAGUGUCAUCGUGCUCGAUCGAAUAAGAGGCCGUGAACGAUGUUGUCGUUGAUCGAAAACUAAAGAAGGGACGAACGAACGAGGAGAAGGUGGAAAGAUGUAUAAAAGGAAAGUACGAACGACGAGUACGGAUAGGAGGAAGAUGCUUUCGAACAAUUCGAAAUGCCCCAGCAAUGUUCGAAGCGCGUCGACUCUGAAAAGCGUUGCACGCUCGCGAAAACUGGAAAACGAGACGUGUAGGUUCUAGGUGCGCGUGUCGGAAAGCAAGAUCAACGAAGGGAAUAAAAAGAGUAAACAGGGAAACAGGGAAGCAGGCGAGGUGAAACGGAUGAAGAAGGGUGGGAGGAAAGGAGAAGAAAAAGCAGACGAGAGAGAGACAGCCAGAGAGAAAACGAAGAAGAAAGGGGUGUAGCGAGCUUGCGCGACGUUCGACCCGAAUCUCUCGUCGGACGUUAAGCCAUCCAGCCAGCCAGCCAGCUAGCUAGUCAGCCAGCCAGUCGGUCAUCCACCCAGCCAUCGGCAAUCUUUUAUCCAACCGUGCUCUACGCUUCUGUGCUUCUGUUGUUUAUGGAAGAUCAGUACUCUAACCGUUGAUAACCGACGACUGCUAACCGCCAACUGGUUGCUGGUUACUAGUUCGAUGUAACCGAUGAGAGACGGGAGGGAAGGAAAGUUUGCGGAAAGUAGCAAGAUGCUCGGCGAGCAACAGCGUUGAACGAUGCUGAGCAGAAGAAACGCAGGAGCUACGGCGGAUUGACAGUUUCGGGAUUGGAAUUGGAAGUGGCGCAUCCUUUGGAAUGCGUGCGCCAACGAUACCGAACCCUUGCGGCUGGGGAAUCUUGCUUCUCCUUGUUUUCGUAUUGGCCACCCCCAGUCCUGCCGCCAUUCACAAAGCGGAUGGCGAUCAUUGCAACAAAACGGUGGACGUGUACGAAGACGUGUCGAGUCCAGCCGUGACUUCGGAGAAUUGGGGGAAGCCUUUGUUCUGCUGGUACCGUUUCCGCGCAUUCCGCGGAACGCCACGGGACUGGAUACUACGCGUUCGCUUCAAAAAGUUUAAAGUCGGUGUGCUGGAGAACGCCACCACCUGUUCCGGAGGUUAUUUGCAGAUCGUCGAUGGAAACGCAAAGACGGAGGUGAGCAAUCGGAAGGAUCCCGGCGUCUAUUGCGGAGAAUCGGAACAGCCGCAGACGUUCAUCUCCGAGACGAGCUUCGUGCGACUGAUCUUCCACGCGGACAACUUCACCGAUCAGACGUACUUCAGCUUCGACUCCCGAGCGGAGCAACAGUUCGAGGUGUACCUGAGGUACGGCCAGCAUCCGGAACUGUACCCGCACCGGAGAGGCGAGAUCGUUCCCGGGAGCUACUGCGAGCGAAUCUUCAAGGAUUGCCGGCUGCAGACCUGCUACGUCCAGAGCCCGGCGUACCCGGGCAUUUACCCGCGCGCGUUGCACUGCAAGUACCGGCUGAACACGCGGCUGCCGUUCAUAAAGCUCUACAUCGAGAACGAAGAGUUCAACAUCGACGGUCAGAGAUGCGAGAACAUCAUGACCUGCCCGAUGAGACCGAUAAGCUCCGGCUCGGAGCACUGCCCGUACGACUACAUACGCGUGUACGACGGCAAAGACGAGUCGAGUCCGGUGAUCGGCACCUUCUGCGGAAUGGGCAAGUUCCCGUACAGCAUCAUCGGCACCAGCGAAGACCUCUACGUCGAGUUUGUCUCGUCGCCGGCCGGUCCGCUGCUGAACACCGGGUUCCACUUCAACGUGGGCAAUUGGCCGGGCCACGUGGAGACCGCCGGCGUCCGCAACGGCAGCUGCGACUGGCUGUUGAACAGCGAGUCCCUGCACACCGGAAACGACGGGAUAUUCCUCUCGGUGGCCCACUGGUAUCCGCCGCACACCAGCUGCACCUACCUGCUGAAGGGCCGCGUCGGCGAGAUCGCUAGGCUCUACUUUCCCAGUUUCCGCGUGAACCGCAUCGAGUCGCCGAUACAGCCGUACGACGGCGAUUGCGGCGAGAGUCUGACCCUCUACGACGCCGACUGGCCGGACGACGCGAGGAUCAUCAAAACGUUCUGCGACACGUUCAGCAAGCCUAUGGAGAAGCACGACUUCGUUUCGAGCUCGAACGCUCUGUUCGUCAAGUUCGAGAGCAAAACGGGAAGCUACUCCGGCAGCUCUCUCUACUAUUGGGCGCACUACGACUUCUUCAACGCCUCGCGAUUCGGCGAGCCCGUCGCCGGCACGGAAUGCGACGAGAUCUUCGCCUCGUGGAAAGCGCGUUCCGGCCGACUGCGAUCGCCGCUCAACACUCUCGUCUACAAGCGACCGGGCGAUCCGCCGAUCGAUUUGUCUUGCACCUACACCUUCGUCACGGACAAGCGACUGUACGCGCGCGUCAUUCUGACGGUGGAGUCGGUGUCGUUCAAGGAGCAUCCGUACGCGCAAUGCGGCAACUGCUGGGACAGUCGGGUCGACCGUCUGAUCAUCAAAGAGCCGGCCAUCGCGACUUUCGCCGAGCAGCAGUUUUACCAAGGUCAGCAACAGCAUUCGCAGUCGCGGCAGUCGUACGGUCAGCAUCAGCAUCAGCACCAGCAACACCAGUAUCAGCAUCAAAGCCAGAACCAGAGUCAGCAGUCGAGCCAGAAUCAACAUCAGCAUCAGCAGCAUCAGCAGCAUCAGCAGCAUCAGCAGCAUCAGCAGACUGCUCAUCAUCGGCAGGACGCGGAUCUCGAGAAAGGUCGCUGCAUCUGUCGAUCGCCGACGGCCGGUCCCGGAUCGACCGGCGAGGCGAAGCCUGUGGUUCGCGUGGUCUCGCGCGGAGAGAAGCUCGAAUUGAAGUUGGCGGUGGACGGUGCUCAUUCCGCGGCCAGUUACUUCAAGCAGUACGCGCCGUUGUUCGAGGCGAAGUACGAGUUCGCCCACAGCCCGCUGUGCGGUCCCGCGAUUCUUCCGGCCACCACCGACGGAGAAAUCGAAUUUCCGCACUACGAAGCGCUCGGUUACGUCGCUCCGCCCCGCUUCAUAAAAUGCAUUUGGGAGCUUCGCGUCAAUUGGGACAGAGACGUGUGGCUGCAGUUCGAUAAAAUUAAAUUUGCUUCCAGAUCCUGCGAAGACGAGAAACUGGAAAUCUUCUUGCCCGGCAACCCGGACCCGUUCCUCAGCAUAUGCGGCGAGAACGUCAGCUAUGCUCAGAAAAUGCCCAUCAUCUCGGCAGCGCAGAUCUCGCCCGUGAAACUUCGCACGGCCGGCGAGCGCGGGUUCAACUAUGCGAACGGUCUCGGUGGUGGUGCCGGCGGCGGCGGCGGCGGCGGCAGCGGUUCUUCCGGUUACAACUUCGACACUCUGCAGAUGCAGACGCAGACCCAGGCCCAAACGCAACAGCCGAGCGGUGCGUCGCCGUCGCAAACAUCUUCGGUGCCGAACGAACAGCCGAACGACGACUCCGAGGGGCCUGCCGUGAUCGUUCAGUUCACCGGUUCGAUGGCGCCGGCGAGGGCAGCGUUCAAAAUCACUUGGACGGAGCUCUACCAUCUGUCUCGCGACCCCUCGGGAGUCCUGAACACGCAGAAACUCGAGGAACUCUGCGGAUUCCAGUGUCCCGGCGACACCGGUUGCAUUCCCACGAGACUGCUUUGCAACGGUGUAAUCAAUUGCCCGGCGCCGGAACCCAGGUCCGCGUUUCGGAAAACGAACAACGGCACCGGCUUCCUGGCGGUACCGGAGGAGCCGAACGACGAAUCGAUCGAGACUUGCGGGGCCAACGUGAUAGGCACGCGCGGCAACGCGGCUGGAUCCGGAAACGGCGUCGGCGGGUUCGCCAGCGUGGUAGGCUCCGCUGGCUGGGCGGGUGCCGGUCUGGGCGGCAUCCUCGCCGUGCUCCUCAGUCUCGUUUGCUUGGUAACCGUUUGCAAGAUAUGCAGACGUCGCUCCACGCCGAGAAACAUUCACGUACCUUAUUGAUGCGAACGCGGAACCGGAAUCGGAACCGGAAUCGGAACCGGAAUCGGAACCGGAAUCGGAACCGGAAGCGAAAGCGACUGUCGCCAAUCCCGAUACGAUGCGAAUACGCGAGAUUCGCGAUCGCGCUAGCGAGAACCACUGUUUUUUCGAUCUUGUUCCUUUCUCGAAAAUCGUUCGUCUCUCAUUGUGAUUCUCCGAACUAAGUGUGCACGACCAGGUCCUAUUCCCGAAGGAAUACCGCGACUGGUGUGUCGGUAACCGACGCGUUCCUAUUCGCGCCACCGAGCCGAGUAUAAAUCUAUGAAAGGAAUUUUAUCGCCCCGUUCGUUUAAUUCGUUCGUUCGAGCGAAAAAGAGGAAACAACGUGACGCGAGGAUAAGUGGCAAGCGGUGCGAAACGAUCUAGAGCGGAGCGAGGCCGGGCAGGACAAGGCGAGGCACGGCGAGGGAUGGCGGCGCAUCGUCCAACCGAGUAGGUACGAUCAGCGGACCAUGAAAAACAAUCCCAUGAAAUGACCAGAUGCGACGCGUUGUGUUUCAGAGAAACGCGAGGAACGGGACGAAUGCAACGAUCGAAACCACGCUGACGCGCGGCAUCGGCCAUAUCGCUCGCACGCGCGAUCGGCGCCACGCUUGCUCCGCGAAAUUCGAAUCUCUACCGACAUUACGCUAGUCUCUAUUAGAUACGUAUGUAGAAUCCAUUGGCGUUGCGUUAACAACAAGAGUGCCUGCGAAUGUUCGCACGCGCGCACGUUACACGUUACACGUUACGUGUUCACGCGCGUUAUUCUUUGAGAAUAUGCGAACAAUCUUGUAUAUAUCGAAGAUAAGACGCGUCGAUUAUUUUUAGCGAAAAAUAUGAUCCCCGUCGUGUAUCCGUGUGGCCAUGCGUACGUGAAACUUUAGCGAAUCGUUUCACGCGAUAGGUGGCUGUUUUCUUUUGUACAUACAUAGUUUCCUAAUUGAACAAUUUAACGGAUAUCUUUAAGGAUCGAUAGCGAAUCACGGUAGCCAUCACGGUAGCGAUCACGGUCGCGGUCACAGAUACGAGCUCGCGCAACGCACACAUGCCCCACACCACGUUCACCGACGUAAGUACGUUUUACGCUUGCACGCGUCAAAGUAGACGAGGAGCGACACGGUUUUCGACUCUGAUCGUUUAGUUUAGUUUAAUUUAGUUUAGUUUAGUUUAGUUUCGUUUCGUUUCGUUUCGUUUCGUUUCGUUUCGUUUCGUUUCGUUUCGUUUCGUUU